AAUCAGCAACAGCUGUUGUCAGUGCUCAUGUGCUCAUACUGCUCAUACGGUUGAUUUUAUAGGUUAGAAUUAUUUAUCCUUUGACAGGGAGUGGAUUGUUAUUGUUAUAGCAGUAUAGCUUAUUUUCAUUAUAGAUUAAUUAUAUUAAUUUCACCAUUUAUUCAAUAUUCUAUGACUAUUAGUCUUACGACGUAGCUAUGAGAGUCUUGGAAUUGUUCAGUGGUAUUGGAGGGAUGCAUUUCGCUUUGAAAGAAAGUGGAGUUCCUUUUUCUUAUAUUGUAGCUGCAGAAAUCAGCACAUCUGCAAAUCCCGUUUACAAGCUCAAUUUUCCAAGAGCAUGUUUACUUUGCAGGAACAUAGAAUCGUUUGGUGUAGAUGAGAUCGACAGGAUUUCUCCUGAUAUUUUACUGAUGAGUCCACCAUGUCAGCCUUACACAAGAAAUGGCCUGAAAAAAGACACUAAAGACAAAAGAUCAUGUGCUCUUAUUAAUCUACUGGAGUUACUCCCAAAAUUGAACGGCUCAUUGAAAUACAUCCUUGUGGAAAAUGUUAGAGGAUUUGAAACAUCGAACGCCAGACAAAAACUCCUCGAUUUUCUGGUGGAUAAUCACUUCAACUACCAGGAGUUUCUACUGAGUCCUACACAAUUUGGUAUUUCGAACAGUAGGACGCGCUAUUACCUGAUAGCCAAAAAGAAACCAUUGGAGUUUGGGUUUCCAAUCACAUCCAGUAUUAUAACUGAUCCCGCAAAGGCCGGUUUUCCAAUGGACAUUGGGGACAGCUGCUUCCCAAUAUCAUCCAUACUAGAAGUGGAGGAUAACUUUGACUCGCCAUCAUAUAAAGAACUUUUAAUUCCUAUCGAAAGAUUAGCCAAACAAAUCAAUGUAUUGGACAUUGUUAGUAAAGACGAUGCACGCUCCUGUUGUUUUACAAAGUCUUAUAGCAUAUACAUGGAAGGCACAGGCUCUGUAUAUUCUCCAUUUCCUCUAAAUUCCUCUGAACUCGAUAGAAUACCUAAAAGAGAAAACUACUCCAGUGAAGAACAAUUUUUCAAGGCUUUGGAAAGCUUGAAAUUGCGAUUUUUCUCGCCUAAGGAAAUUUCGCGUCUCAUGUGUUUUCCCGAAGAAUUUAGGUUUCCUGAAAACCACACUUUAAAACAGAAAUACAAACUUCUGGGCAAUAGUAUUAAUGUGAAAGUUGUUGCAUAUUUAAUAAGAUUGAUGAUUAAUGAAAAUUGAUGGUGUUAUAGCCUAGUCAUAUUUUUAUAAUAAAAUGUUCCUCAAGAAAUUUAA